AUGAUUCACCGCCAGAAUCACCCGGCGCCUUACCACAGUACUAGUCAUGUCGGGGCAUAUCCAAUUCCACAGGUUGUGGCACCAUCCAUCACCCGUGUUGCAAACUCCGAUCACCCGCAAACAGGAAGCAGUCGUAAAGGGCGGCUUCCGGAGACCAGCACGGUGGAUCAGAAACCAGAGAAAAAAAGACGAGCGGUGCACAACUGGCAACCCACCGGACACAUUGUCGUCGGGCCAGAGGAGCUCUUUCUUGCAAAGUGUGGUUUCAGCAAAAACACUGGUGGUGGCAAAGUAAGACGUGACGCAAAAGAAAGGAUAUGGCAAGCAAAAUGCCAUCAAUGCGAAUUUCGAAAACGGUUGGUGCCCCUUGGGGAAAGCCGAUACAGGGAGGAAGUGACAUCGGAAAUACCUGAUCACACCUGUGGGAGGCGUAAAUGCGGCGAAGAAUCGUUUCCGGAAGUCGCAACAAACGAUGUUCCAGAGUCUACCAUCUUUUGCAGACGUGAAUAUCGAAAUUCGGAUCGAAUAGAAGUUGAAUGUGGAGAGGCAUUUCAUCUGACUGGUGUGGAUGCCAACACAGCAAGAACUUUGGAAGCUGCUGCUCCCAAAUGCGCGUUAUACUUCAAAAUGAUAAGAGACGAGGCCACAAGAAAUGGCUAUUGGAAUCGAAUCAAAAAUGGCGAAUACACCCAACAAAUAUGGUCUGCAUCCGGAAAUCGAUUUGAACUUUCACCACAUGGCUCCUGGUGGUGGGGAAGCGGUUUGCAAGGUGUUGUUGGUUGUGAAGAAAAAGCGCCGUGGCACAAAGCGGUGCAACAGCUUGCACGAAAAAUAGGUAUGUGCCAAGAUGUGGUCAUGAUAAAUAAAAGCAUUAUCUAUGUCGGGCCCCACACGCAAUCAAUACAACAAUGGCACACUGACCUCCGAGAGACGGGCGAUAUUGUGGUGCUAGUUGCAUUGACACACCACAAAGGUAUGGGUGGGACUGGGUUUCUGAAGGACGCACAUUCAUGCGAGGAAGUGGUCAAGGCGGAGAAAGCUGGGACACCCUGCAUUGAUUUUGAGGAUUCCAAAAUAUACACAGCAACCUACCAAAAUAUCGGAGACGCGGUUGUCUUUAGCUGGGAAACCUUUCACCGAGGAAUGGGAAACAAUCAUGAGACAGAGCCUAGGCUACUCCUGGCGUUGAACUAUGGAAUACAGCUGGCAGACGGUUCCUUGAACGAUGUUUGGAACCCGGGAUCCACACCAUCGGUCUUUCUUUUUGAUGAAAAGAAAGCAAAAGGCAAACCUGUGGCCAGACGGGAUAGCAGGUUCACCAAGUUAAUUCUUGGUAAGAUUACCGGUAAAAAGAAGGCGUCGGGGAAGAUUUUAUACACCCUACAAUUUGAGGAUGGCGAAACAAAAGCUGUUGAUAAAAGGGAGCUGUCCCACAUGCGAAACCUUUUCUUUGACUUUCAAAGCGGCGCAGUAUCAACAAAAAACUGCAUUGCCAAAGAAUUCGAGGGUGAAAUAUAUUUUGGUAUGCUGCACGGAAAAACAACAGUGGUUGUGGAGAAUGGAAAGAACUCUACGCGCUAUCAUAUAGUCUACUCUGAUGGGGACACCGAGGAAAUGAACGAACCGGACUUUGAAGAAGCACGAGAACUUUGGAGAAGAAUAAAUGCAAAGAACUAA